CCCCACCUUUUUUUUUUUUUUUUUUUUAUUUAUUUAUUUAAACUUGCUUAUUUCUUUUUUCUGUUUUCUUUUUUCCCCCUUCUUUCAAAAUUUCAUAUAAAACACAAUGGCAUCUACAGCAACUUCAGUAGCAUCUAAAAGCGCUUUCCGUAAAUUCUUGGAUUCUCCAGCAGGACCCAAAACGAUCCACUUUUGGGCUCCUGCCAUGAAAUGGGCAUUGGUGAUUGCUGGUAUUGGUGAUAUGCAACGUCCUGCUGAGAAACUGAGUUUGACUCAAAAUAUCUCUUUGAUGAUGACGGGUCUUAUAUGGUCUCGAUACUCUUUGGUGAUUAUUCCCAAAAACUAUUCUUUAUUUGCAGUCAACUGCUUUGUAUUUGGUACUAGUGCUUAUCAAGUGGCACGUAUUUUCAAUUGGCGUCAGUCAGAAGAAUACAAGCAACAACAAGCCAAAUUAAUAGAGCAAUAAUUAUGCCCCCGACUUUUUCCCUCUCUUGAUUUGAUUUGUCCCCGCACUUAAAUUUUUCUUUUUUUGCCGAGUUUGAAAAAAAAAAAAAAAGUAAUUGUGGAGGGCAACACCCGCGUCAUUCUACAUCACAGCAACCUUCUCUUUCAUGAUAGGCUGAAACUCGCUUUGCUCUUAUUUAGACCAUCCAUCAGAUACAGUCUCUAUGCACCCGCACCUAUUCCACAUCCUACAGAUCUACACGCACAUAUACACACAGUCAAUGACCAUUAAAUAUCUCACAUUUUGUCUGUUAUUUAUUCAUCUGCACGAUAAAAGGCCCCUUUUACA